GGCGAUCUGUUUUUCAGUACCACCCUCUCAAAGACAGAUGGGAAUUUUUCGGGUUUAUGUCACUUCCAAGAAACCAUCAUGCCGCUGCCUACUAUCGUGGUGCCAUCUAUGUAACAGGUGGGUGUGAUCCUCAUAUAAGAUGCUGGGGAGAAAUGGUUGCUACAAAAAUGACAUUUGUGUACAGACUUUCCUCUAACAAGUGGACAAGAGUGGCUGACAUGCAUAGUGCACGAUCUCAUCAUAGUAUGGUAGUUUUCAAUGAUUCCAUUUAUGUCAUUGGAGGAAGAGAUGACUCUGGAAGGUUGAGUGCAUCUGUCGAGUCCUAUGUUCCUGCAGUAGAUGAAUGGAACCAAGAGAAACCCAUGCCUUUACCACGAAUGGGGAUGGCAGUGGUUUCUCAUGGAGGGUAUCUUUGGGUUAUGGGUGGAGUUACCUCAACAAAAGGUGGAAAUAUAAAUCCUCCAGUAUUAGAUGAUGUUAUUUGCUAUGAUCCAGUGUUUAAACAUUGGGUAAGUGGAAAGCCAUUAAGAAUUGCCAGAGCAUUUGGUUCAGCUGUCGUAUGUGAUGAUAAAAUCUGGCUGUGUGGAGGUGCAGCUCCAUCACAAGAUGAGAACAAUUAUCUUGUAAGUAUUCCAGCUAUAGAUGUGUAUGACAAUGAAGCUCUGGAAUGGAUCCAGAAAGCCACCCUAAGCUGCCCUCGACAUUCUUCUGUAGUUGUUGCACUAGAAUCAUGUCUGUAUCUCAUUGGAGGAAUCAACAGUCAUGAACUGAGCGCUAUCAAUCGAAAUGAACUCUAUAUGACAGACACUGACACUGUUCAAUCCAUCCGAGAAUUACCUGUUCAACUAACAGGAAUGGCUGCUGUUACAAUUCCACCCACAUGUGUAACAUUCCGAAGCGAGAGCCUGAGUAUUAUGAUACGUCACAAAGUUGUAACUUAAUUUUGAAAAGUACACCAUAAUAAUAAAUUUUUUAUCAGUUGAAAUAAAAAAUCCAAAUUUCAUCUUGAGAAUGUUUAAUAAAAUUGUUUUGAUCAUCA